GGAGCAUAUAUCAUAUACUGAGAAGGAAGAAUCAUUUAAAUUCAGAGAAAUUUUCAGGGGUUAUUUGGGGUUCCCAAUUUGCCCUUGGAAUUUCUCUAAAUUUUCCUUUUCGCCGCUAAUGUAACAUACACACACCAUAGCCAAAAGCCAGAACCAACCAACUCUGUUAGGACGAGAACCUGAAAGAAAAAAAAAAAAAUCAAAUUCAAAUAAUGCUGUGUAAACUGGUACCGCUUCCGCGGAAGAAAAAACCCGGUUCGGUUCCGGUUUACCUUAACGUUUAUGAUCUUACCCCGAUCAAUGGGUACGCUUAUUGGCUUGGCCUCGGAGUUUACCAUUCUGGUGUUCAAGUUCAUGGUAUUGAAUAUGGAUUUGGAGCACAUGAACGUAACGCGACCGGGAUUUUUGAAGUGGAACCUAAACACUGUCCUGGAUUCACCUUCAGAAAAUCAAUUUUCAUUGGAUCAACGGAUCUGGGCCAGAAGGAUGUUCGAGAAUUUAUGGAGAAGCUAGCUGAAGAUUAUUUUGGGAACACCUACCAUCUUAUCCAAAAAAACUGUAACCACUUCUGUAACGAUGUUUGUCUCAGAUUAACAGGAAGGUCAAUCCCUGGAUGGGUAAAUCGGCUUGCUAGAAUUGGUUUUCUCUGUAACUGCGUUCUUCCAACCAGCCUAAAUGAAGCAAAGAUUCCAGUUACUUUAGACAGGGUUCAGGAUGGAGAAAAGAAGAAAAUUAGAAGCCAGUCCAGGAAGUAUGAGGCUUCCUCCAAUCUUCCAUUGUCUAGUAGCCAAAGACAUUGCCUUCCUCCGUCUUCAUCUGUAAUUAAUGCUUGUUCAUCCUCAACCUUAACAGUAAAGUAAAGCUUUGACAGGAGACAGGCUCUGAAACAUAGGAUGUUAGAAUCAUGUAAGCAACCAAAGAUGAGCAGGGAAGCAACCUUUUCAUCUGCUUCAUCUGUCUAUUCUGCUGUAUAUCUUCAAUUGUGUGGCAAUGGCUAAAA